ACACAGAAACGUAGACAUCAAUCUUAGGUAAAAAUGGACUUCUUUAGAGAACUUAGAGAGCUGCGAGGUAACCAGGGUAGAGAAGAAGAGGAGGGGGUUAUUUCUGCAGAGCCCAUUGCGAUGAUAGUGCUGCCGGCCCUGCAAGACUUGCAGGAAAGGAUAACGCCUGAGAGUAGUGCCAGUUCAAGCGUCGGAGACGACGGUGGCGACCACCACGCUUCACCAUCCAACAAUUCGUCCUCUAAACAGACACCUAGCCAUAGGGAAGACACGAGGGAUGUUGUUGGCAAUGUACUAGAUCUGCUCGUGGUUGGGGAGUGGGAAAGCAAGAUAAUCACGGGUAGGUUGAGCAACCUUCGUAAGGAGCCUAAAGACCUGCCUUCUGGAUUUAGGUUCAGGGCGGUACUUCAUCACGAAGUGACAGACAACGUGCCCUCAAUAAGCGGGUAUAAGAAACUUGAGGAGAUGACGGGCUGGAUACUAGUAUGCGUGGAUCACUUUGAUGCCAGCCUACGUUUUCCCCUGCCCAGCCUAAUAUUUGAUCUCUUGGUGGAUUACGAGCUGGCUCUGACGCAGCUGACACCCAACAACAUAAGGUUCAUCAUAGGUUUUAUGCUGCUAUGUGAGAGGUUGGAGAUACCUGCUAAGGCGAUAGUGUUUAGGUCGUUAUUCCAAUGUCGGUUGUGUCCUAACUCCAGAGGCGCAAAGUGGUACUACCUCUUUGGGAGGGAGAAGAACCAGCUCUUUAAGAAUGUUAGGAAUAAAGUGGCAAGGUGGAAGAGGCAGUUCGUUUUUGUUCAUCAUAUGCGAACCGAAAGGAUAAAUAAUGACCUUGCUACUCGACUCUCUAAAUGCUGUGUACCGAACACACAUGCAAACUACCCCCAACUGUUGCCUCGGGACACAGAUCUAAAGAAUCAGCUGCUAGAUUAUGCGAGGGGGGAGCAACUAAUAAACUUAGAAGCCCUGGUUACCUUGGAGCAGCUCGCCGUGUUUGGGUUUGUCAACAGACAAACACGGUUUGACGAGUGGCCGCCACCAGCACUGCAAUCUCGCAGCUCGUCACAUCGUGGAUCCAGCUCGGCAUCUAGGCCCCGCACCGAGCACAGAGUUGAAGCCGCGGCCCUUAGUGCACGCAGGCGCCUACGUGAGGAUACCGAUAGUGAAGAUGAGAUCCCCUUCAUCAAGCACAGAAUGAGUUUGGGGGGUCAGCCUGCCCAGGCGGUUCAAUUUGCAGUGGGCUUCAGCUACGUGAAGACCGACUACCAGCCCGUCAUGGUGCAAGGCAUGCAAAGUUUUGUGCCUCCUGUGGAUCGACAACGGGCCAAGGGCAAUGCGUUUAGCUACGCGAUUGCUCUGUUUGAGAGCGAACAGGGAGCUUGCGCUCAAAACAGCGAGCUUAGUGCCAACUGCAAACAGCUGGCCGCUGAGAAGGCGAGCUUAAUGGACGACAUCAAUCCUAAGGAUGAGGCCGCCCGUGAGGAACGGGCCAAGAAGGCUGAAGCCGAGAGGAACAAUGCUCUGAACGAGCUGAUAAGCAUCACUCGUGCUCAAGGGGCUGAGUGGCUGGUGGGCUCGGCCACAUUCCAAGACACUGUGGCUGUGGCGUUUGCGAACAUGACAACAAAAAUCUACAAUGAGAUCUUUGGGAAGGUGCUGCAACAUCGUCCUGACUUCCCGAUACACGAGCUGGCGUUCGUUAAUGGGGAAGAUCUUGACGAGGAGGGUAAGAGCCUUGCUCCCCUUGUUGAUACAACUAUGCGGUUAAGAUGGGAGCUCAACGAGGAGGGAGUACCUAUCUGGCCUUCCUCAAUCCUAGAAGAAGGGGAGGAUCCAGAGGGCCUACCCUCCUUUGACUCAUGGGUUGAAGGGGCUCUUGUGGUUGAGCCAGAGCCAUUGAGCACACCUCCGAGCGCUCAGCCUGCCGUGAUGCAAGCAGGGUCUCCUGUUACUGCACCAGCUCACCCUCCUGCAGCCCAGUCAUCUCCAACUCGCGCCUCAGACCUUCCUGUUGACUCGUCCAUGCCCGUCGAUCUGACGGAUGAUUAGUUUAGGACUAUACUUUUUCUUUUCUUUUGUAUUUUUUGUUUUUUGUUUGAACAACUUUAUCAUGAUCUCCUGUAUUAAAAUUUGUCAUUUUUG